AUGGCAUCGAAUAGACAGCGAAAGAAAAACAAUAAUUUUACAGGUGAAGAGCAGGAAUUGUUAAUGGCAUUAGUCCGAACCCAUAAAAAUGUUAUUGAAAACAAAAAGAGUGGCCAAACAACAUGGGACAUGAAAAAUAAUACAUGGAAUCAAAUUGAGCAGGAAUUUAACAGUCAAAGCAAAUCAAUGUUCCGCGAUGCACAUUCCUUGAAGACAAAAUUCCGAAAUAUGAAGAAGGAAUGCAAGGAAAAAUUCUCUGCCAAUAAAAAGAGCAUGCUAAAAACUGGUGGUGGAGCUCCAGAGGAACUGGACAUAAAAAGCACGGACGUCGAAAUGAAGGACCUCAUUGGGACUACAGUAGUGGAAGGUUUGCCAUCUGUUUAUGACGAUGAUUGGGACGAUGAAACUGAAACGUUAAAUGAUAGCCAAGUAGAAGAGAUUCAAGUUGUAAUAGAUAAUGGGUCUUCAGAGGAAAUGCUCAAUGUAAGUAAGCAACCAUUGAAUAAAAAACUAUUUGUUGAAAAGGACCAAAGCAGUACUCCAAUUAUUAAAACUGAACAGAAAGGUGUAAAGAAUUGGUCACAUUACACACCCAUAAUGCUACAAGGACCUGUAGAUAGCAAACUAAAAUUGAAAAAUAAAGCAAACGAGUCUGGAAUUACAAAAAAUCGUCCGAAAAGAAUUUUAAGCUGUACAAAAGCUAAAUUAUAUGAGGAGGUUAUGGAAGCAAAAUUGGACUUUAUGCAGCUGCAAAAAGAUAAGUUCUUAGAAGAGCAUAUGAUAAGAAGAAAAAUUCUUCAAAUGGAAUUGAAACUGAAAGAAGCAGAAUUAUUAAAUGCACACAUCUCAUUGCCUAAUGAUCAGGAUUAG